UCUCGGUCAUUCGCCGGGACGGACUCCGAGUCGAGUAACGACUGGCACACAAAAUACAAAAUACGAGGCGGAGACAGAGACAGAGACGGACAUAGACACGGACUCGUACCCGGACGCGUACAGCCACUCAGCGGAUUUGUAAACAUUUCGCUGCUUCUUAGUGAUCGUUUUUUUUUUGGGUUUUGGCUUUAUUUUGCUUUGGGCUGAACGAGUUCUCUACGCGGCAGCCGAAGGCAUUAACAGUUUGGGUCACAAGCGGCGUGCGUCGGAAAUUGUCGGACGCGAGUGGAAAACGAAUUUCCACCGAGCGAAAAGCGUGUGAAUGCUGGAGUUCAUUUCAAUCACAGUGUUCAAAACAUAAUUAUUAUAGCUCCUACGAGGGUGAUAUAUUAUUGGUAAUUAUUAUUGGCGUCAGAAUGCCAACAAUUCGCGUGUGCCUGCAAUGGACUGCGGUGGUCUUCAAUACAAUUACUUUGACCAUCGGCAUCCUGGCGGCCCUGGCCGGCGUCUACGAGCUGGAUAGGUAUGACGAGGGCUCCGCCGAGCAUCUGCAGAAGUUUGUGCAGCUGGGCAUGGCGGGUACUUUGAUUUUGGCAGCUCUUAUUGGAUGCCUCGGCGCCUUUCUGGGCUCCAUAAAGGUCAUGGUGAUGCACCUCACCCUGUUGGGCAUCUUGAUUGUCUCGCACAUCUGGAAGCUCUCCCACUACAACGAGACCAAGCAGCUGGAUGCCACCGAGGUCUACGUCAUGUCGCUGUGGAUGGAGGAGCUAGUCCACCAGGGCGCCAUUCGGCAGCUACAGCGAGAGUUCGAGUGCUGUGGCAACAAGGGGUUCGGGGACUAUACGAGCCUCAACAUCAAGGUGCCCACCAGCUGUUUCCAUACCAAGGACGGCCUUCACGCCCUGCAUCCCUAUGCCGAGGGCUGCAUGGCGGCCGUGAAGCGAGCCUUUCUCGAGAUCUAUCGCUAUGAGAAGUGGGCACACUGUGGACUCAUCGGCUACGAGCUUGUGGGCAUCAUCUUGGGCAUCACGCUGUGCUGUCAGCUAACCAACAAGACACGUCGCUAUGCCUACUGAUUACCCCACACUCAUUUAUACCCGUACAUAAGCAUUUGCAACAUAGCUACAUAAUAAACAAUACAUUUGAUAAAA